UCCCCAUGUCCCCAUGUCCCCAUGUCCUCAUGUCCUCAUGUCCCGGUCCCCAUGUCCCCAUUGCCCCUCGCUCCUCUUUCUGCUGGUGCUUUCGUCCCAUGCUCUGUCCCUGGGGGGCUCCCCACCGUCCCUGUUGCCCCCCCAGGGCAUUUUGGGGGGCAUUUUGUCCCUUUACCUGGUGUGACGCUUUGUCCUGGGCUGUGUCACCAGCUGUCACCAGCUCUGGGGGGUCGUGGGGAGCCGAGAAAACGUACUGGGGGCCACGCAGCAGCGGGUUGGGUGCAGGAAGGGGACAGCCGGGGGUCCCACUCGCGGUGUGGAACGGGCUUGUCCGAAGCCACCAGACCCGGGGACAUCUGUUCCCGGCAUGUCCCCGCUGCCCCCGCCGGGGAACGUCGCGUGUCACCUCCCUGCUGCGGUUUGCAAAUCGUCCCUCCGCAGCCACCAGCGGCUGCUUCCUCCUCCCCAGCCCGUCCGUGCAGGACCCGCGGCUGCUGCCGGUGACAUCCCCGGGGGGUCACCGCAGGCCACAGCGUCCCGCCGGGCUGCUGGGAACGGGGGCAGCGUGCACGCACGUGGCAGGGGAGGAAGAGGAAGGGAGCCGGUGGCCGUCCAGCCACGGUGACGCACAGCGGGGCCAGCCCUGCCGGUGGCUCUCGAGGGGACGCAGCUCUGGUGGAGGCCACCCUGCUGAAAUGUCCCUGCCGGUGACUUCGCCCGGCGCCGUCGCCACCUUCCUGCUCGGCUUGGCCACCCAGCUCCCCCUGGCGUGUGGCAAGGGGCGCGUCUUGCGGCCCCUCACCCCCCAGGAAGAAGCCGAGUGCCCCAGUGCCUCCGUGGAAGCUUUUCUCAACAGCACCAUGUCCACCCGCGUCCUGCCCGCCCUCUACUCCGUGGUGCUGCUCGUGGCGCUGCCGGCCAACGCUGUGGCCUGCUGGGUCCUGGUGGUCAACUUCAGGAGGUGCUCCAGCUCCCUCUUCCUGCUCAACCUGGCCAGUGCCGACCUCCUCUUCGUCCUUCUGCUGCCCUUCAAGAUCUGCUACCACCUCCUGGGCAACCACUGGCUCUUUGGGGACUACCUGUGCCGCGCCACGGUGGCCCUCUUCUACGGGAACAUGUACGGCUCCAUCCUCUUCCUCACCUGCAUCGGCCUGGAGCGCUACAUCUCCGUGGUCCACCCGUUUGCGCUGAAGGGCUCCAGGUGGACGUGGGGCAGGGCGGGCAUCUGCGUGGGCAUCUGGCUGCUGGUGGGGCUGGGCGUGAGCCCCCUGCUCUUCUAUCCCCAGACAAAGCACAGCUCACUGCUGAACAUCACGACGUGCCACGAUGUCCUCGGAAAGGACGAGCAAAAGUUCUUUGACUCCUAUUUCCUCUCGCUGGUGGGGCUGGGCUUUGGCAUGCCCUUCGUGCUCAUGACCAUCUCCUACAGCUGCAUCCUGGCCCGGCUGCUGGCCAAGCACAGAAACUACCGGCACGUGGUGUGCGUCCUGGCUGUGGUCUUCCUCGUCUUCAUCCUCUGCUUCACCCCCAGCAACGUGCUGCUCUUCAUCCACUACCUGCUGCAGGACACGGUGUGCAGCAACACCGCCUACAUCUGGUACGCGCUGGCCCUGGCCUUCAGCGCCUUCAACAACUGCUUCGAUCCCUUCAUCUACUUCUAUGUCUCCCGAGAUUUUCGGGGCUGGCUCCGCAACAGCUGCUGCCCCCAGCGGCUCCGGACACGGAGGGGGUGGGAGAAGGCAGCCUCGUGCCUGAGGUCCAGCGAGCAGACCCAGCUCUAGGCGGGGCUGGGGACAUGGGGCUGUGUCCCGUGCGGAGGGGACCCUGCUCCAGCUGCCAGCCCGGGGCUCACCCCCGCCGAGCCCCCUGUCCCCAGCUGGGAACAGCCCAAGGGGGGACAGAGCUGCUGCCCCAAAACCUUCAGCAGCACGGUCCCCACCGCUCUGUUCCUGGCGCUGCCACCUCCGUGCCCCUGUCCCGCGGGUCCCUCCCCACCCGGUGUCCCCACCGCUCGCCCUGCGGUGACCGAACCCCCCAGAGUC